AUGGCGGCAGUGGGGGAAGUGGGCGCCCACCAGCUGCCCGCACAAGAGGGGCCGUGCAGCUGCCAAGCGCCCGUGCGGCAGGAUGCAAAUUUCGCCAACUUUGAGAGCGGCGGGAGGAGGCGUUCACCGAAGGAACAGCGCCUUCCUGCGUGCGUCUGGCGUCACGUGCUCCGUCUCCUAGCCCUAUCAGCAACCAGCCGCUCCCGUCUUCCGGAAGUAGCGCCCAUAAACGCCGGGCUCCCCCCCACCGCCGGUGACGUCAAACACAGCUCCUACCACUGGCCGGCCUCAGCAUCGGUCGGGGGCAGUGCUGCUGCUGCUGCUGCGUACAACUUACGACGGUUCCGCCCCCUUCUUCCUUGUCAUUUGUUGUUGUUCUUGUCAGUGCUACAGCCGCGACCGCCGGGUGCAGGAACCUAAGCCGGGGUCGUCCGGGUGGCGUGGUGGCGGCAGCUGCAGGAGCUGUUCCGGGGGCUGCGAAGGCAACUGGGCCGGCGGCGAGGACGAAUGGCUCUGUUCGAGCAGGCGGCAGACGCCGCGUCGCUGCCCAGCGAGCUGAUCGUGCACAUAUUCUCCUAUCUGUCCGCGCCCGACCGGCUGCGGGCCUCGGCCUCCUGCUCUCACUGGCGCGAGUGCCUCUUUUACCCGACGCUCUGGCCCCAGCUGCGCAUCAGCCUCCGCGUCUCCCCCGCUGAUCAGCCUCGGCUCGAAUUCCUCAUGCGCAAGUGCGGCUGGUUCGUGCGGGAGCUGCGCGUUGAGUUCGCCGCCGAGAAUUACCCGAGCGGCGGCCCUGGCGACGGCGCGGACACUGGAGUUGGCGGGGAAGAAGUGGAGGCCUUGCAGGUCUCCACCGAUUGGCUGGAAGUGCUGCGGACCUACUUGGAGCUCGUGCUGUGCGUGCUGGUCAGCAUCCGGAACAACAGGAAUCUUCAGAAAUUUAGUCUUUUUGCAGACAUAAGUGUUCUACAACAGCAAGGGAGCUUGUCAACUACAUACCUCAGCAAAGUGGACCCUGAUGGCAAAAAAAUAAAACAAAUUCAGCAGCUGUUUGAAGAAAUACUAAGUACCAGUAGGCGACUAAAAUGGCUGUCCUGUGAAUUUAUGCUAGAAAUAGUAACCCCAGCAUCACUGUCAUCUCUCUCAAAUGCUAUUGCCAACACCAUGGAGCAUCUGAGUUUACUGGACAACAAUAUUCCUGGGAACAGCACUCUCAUUACUGCAGUUGAACUGGAGCGAUUUGUGAAUCUGCGCUCACUUGCUUUGGAUUUCUGUGACUUUACAGCUGAAAUGGCAAGAGUCUUGACCGAUAACAACCAUGUGCCUUUGCAGCGACUAUCUCUUCUGGUCCACAAUGUUUCCGUGAUGCACAAGUCUCUGGACAACAUGCCAAAUGAUGAGCAUUGGAAAGCCCUGUCACGAAAGAGCUCUGGCCUUCGGGUCUAUAUUAUGGCUUUUGAUAUCAAGAGUGAAGAUAUGUUAAAGAUUCUGAAACCCAGCAUACCACUAGAGAGAAUUCAUUUUGACAGCUACAUCACAUGUGUUUCAGGGGCCAUUGUUGAUCUCAUAUCCAGGCAGUAUGACAAAUUCCUUACGCAUUUUAUAUUAAUGAAUGAUAUGAUUGAUACAUCUGGUUUUCCAGACCUCAGUGACAACCGAAAUGAAGAUCCAUUGGUUUUAUUAGCUUGGAGAUGCACUAAGCUCUCCCUUUUGGCAAUUCAUGGUUACACAGUGUGGGCACACAACCUCAUUGCCAUUGCUCGUCUUCGUGGCCCUGAUCUUAAAGUACUUGAAGUUACUGAAGAAAGCAUUGAUUUUGACCAAGGUGAACUGGCUGACCAGGAUGUGGAUCCAGUGCAUAACCUCAUUGAGCAAGUGUCCCUGGGUCUGGGUCAACCCUGGUAUGCUGUCCUGGACAUUGAAUCACUCAGUGUCUUCACUGAACCAAAUCGUCAUUUUUACAGAGAGAUGCAAAGCUUCAGUGAAGGCAUUUAGCUUUUUAAAAAAUGUACAAUUCCUGUGGUUACAUAUGCAAGUAGGGUCCUAUUAUGUUUUUUCCAGUAGUGUGAAUUAAUCCCUUUGUGCUGUGUUUAAUCAGUAUUAGCUUUAUAGAAUUAUAUAUGUAUAUUCUACUUCUUGAUCAAAGAACGUAGUCAGGUAUUGGUUUAGAAGUUCAAAGUGACAAUGUGUAGGGCUUUCACGGUUAAUGGACUUGUUACCAAACCUUAAGGAUAUACAACCGAAGGUUGUCUGAGGUUGCUGGCUAACUUUAUUUUUCACUGAGUUACUCUGCCUUUUUGAUGUUUUUACUAUUUGUGUGUCAGAGUUCAGAGCUCAGGAGCCAAAUUAUUUUUUAUACAUAUAAAGAUAUAUAUAUCCAUAACCUGGUGAAUUUGUAUGCAAUGCAUUGCUUUCAUGCAUUUUGAUAGCAUUUCAUUAAUUUUGAUUUGAAAUGGAUGAAGGGAGAAUAAUUUGACCCCACAUGAGUUAACAGAAGAGCCAAGAUUUUUAACUUUCAUUGCACAUAAAACAGUUAUCACCAAAUACCAUUCUGAAUUUUGUAUAGUACUAGGUUAGAAUAUUGCCUAAUCUUUUUUUAAAAAAAAUGCAUUUACAUAAACAUAAAAACUCAAAUUGUCGGGUUUUUUUUACUGUAUCAGACUUAAUUUUAUUUAUCAAUUAAAUUUUACAUUCAAGUUAGCUUUUUAGCCCAUACUUUAAAUGGU